GUAGUAUACCCUCUCCAUCAUAGAAGGCAUCUUCCUGUUCAUAAAUGCUCGUUUCGACCGGGGAGACGAAAGAUUAUGCUUUUAAGUAGAAUGCCCUUGGCAGAGUAUACCGAUAGCUCUCAAGGAGCACCCCUCAUCCAAGGACAUAGGGUGAUAGCUGAUCCCCAUGAAACUGGUGUUUUAAUGCCUAAAGAGUGGCCUUCUAUAGCCCUUUUUAGGACAGAUAGCGGAUGGCUUCCUACCAGCUCUGAUUCACCACUAAACAUAGCUCCGAAGGAUCCUCGUCCUCGUCAUCCCUACCGGACUAGACUCCAAGUCAGAAUCAUGGACGAGCAAAAUCAGGGGCAAAAAGCCAGAUGGGCCACUAGAACGAAAUUCUUCCCUCUCCCCGCCUGUAAGAGUAAGACUUCGGUUUCAAGCAGCAAUGAGAGCAGCAGGAAGCAAAAACUCUUCUUUCUUUAUUCAUUCUUUCAAGAUUCGAAGAAUAUCCCUACCCUUGCGGUUCGAAGGUGCUUGAUUCCUCAGUCGGAGGUGGAUGGAAGAACUUACGGAAUAGAAUGGCGCUGCAAUAAGACUUUCUGGGUUGAGGGCAGAAUUGGACAUUGCUGGAACAAGAGCAUCCGAUAAGCCAAUUUCCUUCUCUGAGGGAAGUAGUAUGACAGUUAUUGCUAGCUCUGACUAUGCCCAGCCAGGCAAAAAGCAAAAACCUAUCCGUCAACCAUCUAAGACCGGUUCUGCUUCUAUGGCAUCUUCUUAGACAUUUAUCCCUGUCCCCGCAAGAGUCACUCUUUCAUCCGCUGAUGCUACUUUUCGUCCUUAUUGAGGGGAACCACUCAGAUUGAGUUCCAGGGAUGGGAUUAAUGUUAAUAAGUUCCCCGGGAUCCA